GUCUGCGUUGCGUCUCGCGAGGUUCUUCUAUUUUUUUUGUUCCCAACAAAAAUCUAAAACGAAAAGGAUGUAAAUGUGUGAAUUUUGUGUGCAUUUUUCACAGUGAAUUUAUAUGAUUACAAAAAAUUUACUAAACAAAAUUUUAUAACAAAUAUAAUACACACACAUUCAAAACAAACAAAAGGAAUUAUUCUCUUUUCUUGUUUUAAAUAUUCUACUUUUUCCCACUGUGAAAUUCUAUACACAGCAGUUAGUGUGUAUAAAUUUUUUUUAUAUAAAAAAAAGUAAAAAAAUAGAGAGAAUCCCUACCCAUUUUUUGUGUGUUUCAAAAAAUAAGGAAGAAAAAAGAGCACAAGUGCAUAAAUGAAGUUUUACAAGUGCCGCACAAUUUGUCAAAUCUUUUUGCCAUUUUUUCGCGUUGCAAUUAUACAAAAUCCAUAAAAAGUUAGGCAAGAAGAAGAAAGUUGAAAAAAAAGUAAGAAAUACAAAAUUACGAAGUGAAGUUUUUUUUUCUACUUUACUUCCGCCACGACUCUGCUUCUCUGCUGACUAUCAAUUUUGAGAGAAUAUUGAUGUACAUCAGGAGUUUUGCAUUUUUGCAUUUUGGAAUACAAAAUAUUGGAUUAUUGGAAAAUAAAAUAAAAUAAAAGAAAUGAAAAAUACUCAUCUCAAAAUGAAGACUUGAAGAAAUUAUAUCCCGCAUCGUCGUCAUAAUUCAAACACCAGGAACCAAUCUUUUUAUAACAUUUUAAUAUAAUAGUUAUAGUUAGUUGGCAUCUCUAACAUCAUAUACAAAAACACACCUUCUAGGUAAACAUGGAGAAGCCGAUACAUCCAUCGGCCGUUGGGCCUAAGGUUUCGCAAAUAGCCAAUCUAUUCCAGCGAAAACAACCCAUCGAAGUAGCUAAUCCCGUAGAAGUUCAAAUACCACCACCAACUAAAGAAACCCAAAUGCCCCAGGCCCCAACCGUUACUGUUGUCCGUACCGAAUCCCAUUCGACACGUUUCAAUCAUGCUCGAUCUCUAUUUGAAAAGCUAUCCGUAGAAAACAAUUCAAAUAAUCCGGCAGCGCUAAGUGUUAAAAUGUCUCGAUCGGGUAGUCGCGAAGAUAAUCUCUGCAGCGACAUAAAUUACAUCGAUCGACGUUCACCAUCACCAGCAAAGCAUCGCAACAGUAGUCCAUUCCCGCCUGGGCAGGCAUCAUUGAUGAACAAUAAUUGCCCUACAGCAGCAUCUGGUCAAAUAAACGGAACAAAGUUCAUUGAACAACAAUCCAAAUUACAUCAUAAUAUUUCACGUAUAAAGUCCGAAGAGACAUCUAGCGGUGGUGAAAAACCGGAGAAACCUGAAAGGAAAUUUAAUUCCCGUGAAUUGAUUGAAAAACAAAAAAAGUGGACUUCACAUUUCACAAAGACAAAGACGAAUCGAUCGCAUAGCGAUCCGAAUCGUUGCGAUAUAAUUCGCACUGGACCUGGUACCGCUUUGAUACCAGGCAGUAUUAUCCAAAUGAAAGAUCCUGUCAUGCUUAAUAACAAGAAUGCAAAUAACAGUAAUAAUUUAAGUAACAAUAGUGUUAGUAGUAAUAAUAUCAUAACGGGUGUUUCCAAGUCAUUGGAUAUGUCACUGGACGAGGAUAUGCCUCCAAGUCCACCGGUGCGUCAUUCAGUUCAUCCGCCCGAAAUUAAACCUCGCAGUACCGUCAAAAAUGGUAGCCCAGUCAAGAGUCCUCCCUUGCCGCCCAUUCCGUCGUCCAAGCCAAAAAUUAUAAGCCCCGUGAAGUUCCAUCCGGAACGUGUUCGAUCUCCGACAAAAGUCUCUGAACCUCCACCACCACCGCCCACGUUGCCAACAUCACCGCCACCACCUCCGGCCAAGUUGGUUAGCAAAUCAUCGAUUGAAGAUAUUCCACCAGAAUUGCCACGAAAGCGUUCGAUGGAUAUUCUGGAGGAUCAACUGCAAAUGAUUGGCGGUGGACUGGAGCGAAAACGUUCAUCUGUGGAUAAGGAUAGUGGAAUGUUUUCGCCAGCUCAUGCGGUCAGCUCGUCGCCUAGCCCAGCACCAAGUGCUUCGUCUGGGCCAUCGAGUCCCGUUCACACCGAGGACGAGAAGCAGGAAAAUGAAUCCACGGAAAAAUCUGAAUACUUCAGUAUGCCGAGUGAAAAUGAAGGACGAGCUAACAAAUCAUUAGAACGAAGUGAAAACGAUCCCUCAACACAAUCUGUGCAACAGCAAGAAGUUGUGCCCAGAAUCAAAAAGGUCUCAUCCAUUUGUUUGAAUUUGCCUGCAGCUGGAUUAGGUUCACGUCCCGCAAGCAUUAUCAGCUCAGUUAGCACAGAUGAGGGAGGAUUUAAUGAGCCAUCGCCAGAAAUUAAAGCCAAACUUAAGCCUGCUUAUGAUUUUGAUACAAAAUAUAUAGCAUCAGCUAUUGAACAACAACAACAUCACAAUCCAACACAAGAGGAAGUAGAAGAAGUUGACAAAUCGUCAAUACAAUCGCCAAUAUUGGAUAGCAACCAAGUGCAAUAUAGCAACGAUGACGAAGAGAAACCAUCUCUGAAUUAUGUAGACGUUGGUUAUAGGUUGAAUCCAGAUGGUAGCGAAAGUCGCGAAGUCUUUGGUGAAUCAGAGCUGUACGAGACUGCAAAAAUAGAUUUGCACAAAAGUUUCCAUGCCAAUGGCUUUGCUCAAGAAACAACCACAGUUUAUGCUGUGAUUAAACCAGAUGUUCCACCACCAGCUGAAAUGUUUUACCAUGGUGGUGGUGCAAUUGAGCCUGUUAUUCAUCAGGAGAUAACAUCUUCUUCUUCUUCGUCACCAAUUCAUUCUCCACCAAAAAUACCGCCUAGUCCUUUGCGGCGCCGAAGUUCCGAUAUAAGUGGUGGCAGUUCAUCGAAGUCACCUCCACCACCACCACCAUCGUCGAUUCCCAGUGUUACCACAUCGCCGACGACGAAGAAACCACCAGUUGCGGCACCAUUAGAGACUCAAGAUGAAUUCGAGAGUCCUGAACUGCCGGCCUUGCCACAAAGACCACCACCACUGCCCGAAGGACCACCACUCGAUAUGCAGGAUAUUGAAUAUGCUGAUAUGAGUGGUGAUGAAGAUAAUGAUAUAUUGGAGGAAGACAUCGAUGAAGAAGAAGAGGUAAUUGUGAAUCGAAAUAGAGCAGGUGAUUCACUUGAAAUGGGGCGAGAGGAUAGCCUACCAGAUGCUAUGACUGCCGAUGAGGCUGAGCGGUUGUUGAGUUCAAGACAACAACCACUACUAUCGGACGAGCAAGCGAAGGAAGUCGAGCAGAUUCUAUCUGCACCAGCAGCUGCAUCACCACCAGUUACUGUUGUUGCCACACCAAUUGUUAUUUCUAGUCAUCAUCAUCAGUUAGUGGAAGACGAGCGAAGAAUCGAAGAAGAACCAGAAGAGGAACCCGUCGUCAUCGUCACCAAGUGUAACAACUACGACAGAGUCGACGAUGAAGACGAACCCGAAUGGUUACGUGAUGUCCUCGAAGCACCAAAUCGCAGUUUAGAGAAUUCCAUUCACAGUGAAUCGGCAAGCUUCCUUGACAUCGACAAUGAACCUCAUCAAGUGGAUCUUGGUGUAACGGUAACUGCCAGUAAAGUUGAAACAACCUACGACGAAGAGGUAAACUGCAAUACAACCUUCGACGUUGGCUCAGAAUACAACAACAAACAUGACAUCUUUAAUCAAACCUAUGUCCAACAAGAUACCCUUCAUGAUAGUAUUGUCUCUGCUGAAUCUGCUGAUUCCACGACUCACAAUAGCUUACAAACAACAACUAUCGAUGAUAGCAUUAUCUCGAGUAAGCACAAUUCGAAUUACUCAUUAGCUGAUCAUGAGACCAUCACAACAACCACACAGCUAGACGAAUCCCAAUUCUAUAUACCAGAGUAUCCUCCGGUACGAAGCAAAGAAGUCUAUGUCGAAAGUGGUGUUCAUUACUUUGAAGAUGGCAAUUUUUGGAUGGAAGUACCCGGUCUACUAGAAUCUGACGACGACGAUAUAACUUAUCCGCCCAUUGCAGUUAAAAAGAACAAUAAGAUUCGAUUUAGCUCAGGACCGAUUCAAGUAUUUUCGACAUUCUCUGUUACCGAUUACGAUCGACGCAAUGAAGAUGUUGAUCCGGUUGCCGCUUCGGCGGAAUAUGAACUUGAGAAACGUGUGGAAAAAAUGCAUGUAUUUCCGGUGGAAUUGAUGAAAGGACCCGAAGGACUUGGAUUGAGUAUAAUUGGUAUGGGUGUGGGAGCCGAUGCUGGCUUAGAGAAAUUAGGAAUAUUUGUUAAAACAAUUACCGAUAAUGGUGCUGCAGCUAGAGAUGGACGUAUUCAAGUAAAUGAUCAAAUAAUUGAAGUGGAUGGAAAAAGUUUAGUAGGUGUUACUCAAGCCUAUGCAGCGUCAGUUUUGCGCAACACAUCUGGUCUAGUCAAAUUUCAAAUUGGUCGCGAGAGAGAUCCAGAGAAUUCUGAAGUUGCUCAAUUGAUAAGAUUAAGUCUUCAAGCCGAUAAAGAAAAAGAAGAACGUCUUAAGAGACAACAAGAAGAAUAUCUUCGUCGAACUCUCGACUAUUCAGAAGACUCAACACAACCGGCUUCGGCCAAUUCAAGUGUUUCUGAGGGACCAACAAGUCCCGUUCAAGUUGAACAUCCAAUGGAGGUCGAAGCAACACACUCCCAAGAAGUGGAGUCUCUAAAGAGACUCCUACAAGAGAGUGAAAUGAGUUGCCUUUUAAAAGAAGACAUAAUCACUAACUUAAGAAGAAAGCUUGUAAAACUAGAAACAACUGGCAAUGAAGAUGAAUUACUCAACGAACGUUUACGCCAAACCGAACGUGAAUUAACAAAUAUUAAAAAAGAAGCUUCUAACCUACAAAAUAUGCUUCAACAAUCCCAAAGUCAGUACAUGGCUUUGGAUAAAAAAUACAACAAAGCCAAACGAUUGGUUCGAGAAUUCCAACAACGUGAAGUCGAUAUGGUACAUCGUGAGGAAUUCUAUCAGCAGCUAUUGCAAGAAAAAGACACCGAAUACAAUGCUCUGGUAAAGAAACUCAAAGAUCGAGUUAUUAAUUUGGAACACGAACUGCAGGAGACACAACGCAAAGCUGGUUUCCCAGUUGUUCUGCCAUAUGAUAGUACCACGUUAAAAUUAACGCCACAAAUGGUUCGUAAGGCACCGCCAAAGCCGCUGUUCCACAAACUAGAGACUGAACUCUCGGAUACUGAGAUUUCUGAUUUGUCACCUGAUGGUGAGGGUGUUAAGACUGCCACAGUAGAGAGAAAGGUUCCUAUUAAGGACGAAUUGGAUGCAGCUGUGCCGCAACAUGAAUUACUUGAUAAUUCAGCGACUAAGACUAAGAUUGAUCUUGGUAGGGCUUCACGUGGAGGUUUAGCUAAUCGUCAACUACCAACUGGUAAGAAGAGCCUGAGCAAUAGUAGCUCUGAUUGUGGCUUGGACAGUGAAGACGAUUUGGGGACAAAUGAUACAUCAUCAACGGGCACCACUAUGGUAUCCAAUGGUAACCACCAGAACGGACAUCAUAAUUUGCACAACAGUGACAAAUAUGUUCGGGAACAACAAAUCAAUCAGCUUUACGCUCAAGUGCACAAGGACCACAAAACUCAUUCCACUAUACCAAAUAUCUUUAAAACCACCAGCAGUGAUUCAUCGUUUGGUGUUAGCAAGGAUCUCAAUAGCUCAUACGACAGUAUACUUGGUUCCAAUGAUAAGCUCUCAGAAAAUGAUCAAACUGAGAAUUGGAUGUAUCCAAGUCGUCGGAGAGGCAACAAAGCGCCACCGGCAUCUUUUACCGAUCAGUUGAAUCAAGUGUUAUCUGAUCGGGAAAGACGCCUCGGUGAUGGUUCAUCCCGACAUUCCAGCGAUGAUUACACCGAAAUUAAUAAAAGCCAAAGUUCAGCGGCAAUCAGUGCCAAAACGUUGAUUAAUGAAAUUCGACAGGCCGUCAACGAAGCCCAACCAAAAGUUAAAAACGUUGUUCCUCAAUCCCUUUCUCCGCCUGGUACAGUUCCAUGGCAGCAACAAUCACAGUUGUCGCAUCAACAAGGUCCACCGUCCCCCACAAGCAUGUCGUCUGGUUCGACAUCGCCCGGCUAUUCGCCAAGUCGUUGUAUGGAUUUAUCAGGAUCGAGUAGUAGUUUCUCAGAAAGGAAAUCCACACACAAUUAUAAAGGCGGACCUGUGCAUGAGUGGACCAAAGAACAGGUGGGACACUGGCUAAUGGGCAUCGAUCUUGAUCGCUACAUUCCGGUAUUCAAAGAGCACAAUGUCGAAGGCGGUGCUCUACUAACUCUAGACUCCAAGGACUUAAAAACUCUUGGCGUUUCUGGCGAUGAUAAACAACGCCUCAAACGUCGAUUGAAAGAUCUCAAGGCAAGCAUUGAAAAGGAACGUAAAGAUCAAGAACGUGAACGACGUGAACGUGAAAAAGCCAUACGUAAAGCUGAAAAGAAGGCUGCUAAGAAAAAGUAAAAUUACAAACAACAACCAACAAAAAUCGACCUUUACUGUACUACAUUGAUAGAUAUGAUAAAAGAGAAAAAAAAAAAAAACACACAA